AUGGCUUCAGCACGGCUCUUAGAUCGACCUAUCCAUUUGAGACACGGAGACGAAGAGGAUGAGGAGCUGGGGGUUUCUGAUCAGGAUUUGAUCGGCCAGACGCCGUCGGAGAGUGAAGCUCUGGGAAGCGACUCGCCGUCUGAAGAUGAGGGUAGUGCUCUAUCAUCAGGAUCGGAGGCAGGCGAAGAAGCAUCCUUGGGUGACAUCAGCUUCGGUGCUUUAGCAAAAGCCCAGGAAACGUUCAAUCUCAACCCACGGAAACGAAAACUUGCAGAGAGCUUGGAAGAGCCUUUGUCAGAUGACGGCGGAGAGAGUCGAGCAGAAACAUUUGAUACUCGUAAGAGAGCCAAGGAAGCGCAGGUGGACGCACGCAAAAGAACUUCAAAACAUGCCCCUGCUGUUGAAUCAGCACGGAAGCCAGUCUCGCGCAAAAGAAUCAUAUUCGAGCCCUCUCCUUCCUUGAAAGCACGAGAUCCGCGCUUCGACCCUGCAGUCAUGUCCGCGAAUCGGGCCAGAAACGCUACGGAAAAGGCGAACAAGAAUUAUUCUUUUCUAUCCACAUAUCAGGCCGAUGAAAUUCUGCAGCUCAAGGCUGAAAUCAAGAAGGCCAAGGAUCCUGACGUUGUUGCCGAUCUGAAGCGACAAGCCAUGUCACUGGAAUCAAAGAUCCGCAAUGCAGAGGCCCACCAGCGCGAGAAUGAGAUCCGGAAAAGACACAAAGACAAAGAGAAAGAGGCGCUUCGUACUGGGCAGAAGUCGAAGCCUUACUAUCUUAAGGAGGCUGAUAUUAAGAGGCUCGCUAAGGAUGACAGAUUACAAAGUCUAGGCAAGAAAGCGCGGCACAAGGCAGAGAAAAGGCAAAGGAAGAGGGAGAAGGCCAAGGAAGCGCGAGACAUGCCCAGGGUAAGGCGUGAGCGAUAG